GAGAGGGAGGGAGAGAGAAAAAGAAAGAAGUCAAAUUUAAGCCUGAGCUGCUUCCCUGAAGUCAUUUUGAGAAACAGCAUUAAACAUCUCGCCUCCAGGCAGUGGCUCAGCAGGAAAAAGCUGCAGGCAUGUUAAAGAUGCUGAAACUUUUGCUUUUAUUGACCUUAACAGAGAUUUGUGCUGCUCAAAAUGACAUCACUCUGUCAGUGUUUACCGUCACAUCUAAGAGUAUGACAGUGCAGUGGAGCGGCCACACUGGUGCCAGCUCCUACAAGAUUACAGCAACACCCAAGAACUCUCCAAAACGACCCGUCUUUGCUCAGUUCGGUGGCAACACUGUGAUGGGCUCAGUCAACUCCCUGUCACCAAACACAGUGUACACCAUGCAGCUAGAAGCCAUGGACAAUGCACUCAAUGUCCUCAGCAGCGCAAAGACAGAGGAGACAACAGCUCCUGAAGUCCCCAGCAUUGAACAGGCCUACUCCAAACACAGCGACAGCAUCACUGUGAAGUUCACAGAGGUUUCUGGGGCAACCAGCUACAUCCUGAGGGCACAGUCGCAGACCAGUGAUUUCUUCUCUGAGACUGUGGUGAGCAGCUCCCCGGGCACUGUGGUGCAGCUCCAGCCCUACACAAACUACAUGCUGAGUGUCAUGUCCAUCAACUCUGGGGGGAGGAGCCAGCCCUCGUACCCCAUCGAGGCCGGGACAGUGGUAAUGGCGCCCAAGUUGAACACCACCUCCCCCAACAACAACAGCAUCAUUGUAACUUGGACCCCGGUGGAGCACGCCGUCCUCUACACUCUCUGCAUCAUCCGAGAGGGCUCCAGCUCCCGCCUCAAACUGAACACCACUGACACCUCGGUGACCUUUAAUGACCUUGAAGCAGGGACUAACUACUGUAUCAAGGGCACAGCCUGGGACUCUGAGGGUCGAGCUGGAGACGACCGCACUGUCUGCCAGAUCACACGUCCCCCAAGCCCAGAUGUGACCUACGUCCAGGUGACUCAGGGUCGGUCUCUUGGGAUCGCUGUGUACUGGGCGUUAGCGCAGGGAGCUGACAACUACACAGCCUGGACUACUACUGGCCAAAACUGUACUACAACAGCUAAUAUUUACUGUUUUAUCACACCUGUAGAGUGUGGCCAGAACCACUCUGUCUCUGUCAUAGCUUAUAACACAGCUGGUCCCAGCAGCCCCUCGCAACCAGCAGACUACAUUACAUAUCCAUGUCCCCCAGAGAACUGGGUGGAGGAGCCAAAAGCAGGCAAUUGCUCUGUGGUGUGGGAUAAGGUGCCACUGGUGGAGUACUACAUGGCUUUCAUAAAAAGGGACGAUGGGACGGAGAAGUCGUGUAACACCACUGAAACCACCUGCCCAUUUUUCUGCAUGUGUGGCUACACCUACCUCACCACCGUCUUCCCCUACAACCAGGCCGGCUCCAGCCCUUACGCACACGUCCGCAAUUACACUACCAUUCCUUGUUGCCCACAGGGUGUUACCAUAAACCUAGUUUCUACAGAGACCCUGGAGAUCAUGUGGUCACCGGUCAAAGGGGCAGAGCUGUACGAGACAACAGCAGCACAGACUAAUGAUAUCAUCCACUGUAAUGACACAGCACCAGUGUGUGCGCUGUCUGAUUUGAAUUGCAACACAGCUUAUUCUGUGACCAUCACGCCUUGCAGCGACUUACGAGGAUGCAACCGCACCUGCACACCACACACACAUGAGACAGCUCCGUGCACUCCAGAGAUCCUGAAUAUGACGCAGACCAACAACUCCACAUACAGAAUCCUCUUCACUACCCCCAACACCUACAACACAAAUUAUACCAUCACUGCCAUUGGACGCUAUGACACACGCACUUGCAUGGCAAGAAAUAACACCUGUGAGCUCACACAGCUGCCCUGUGGUUCAACCUAUGAGGUCAUGGCAGUGGCCACCACUACUGUGGGGAGAAGUCUACCUGCAUUCAGCAAAACCUUGGAAACAGGUCCUUGCUGCCCCAUGUCUGUUAAUGUGACCCAGGUCACCCAGGCUGUGACCAACGUGACCUGGUCAUCUGGCACAGGAGCUCGCUCCUACAUCACCACCCUGACGUCCUCACGCGGACGCGCUAAGUGCCACACUCUGGACACCCACUGCCUGAUGGGAUGCAUCACCUGUAGCACCAACUACACCGUCAACCUGGAAGCCAUCAGCAGCACAGGACACAAGUCAGAGUGCAAAUAUCGUGGAUUCUCAUCCAGUGCCUGUUGUCCAACAAGCGUCAAGCUCUAUCGCAGGGCCAACAGGUCCCUCAGGGUGUACUGGCGCUCUUUAGGCCCUCAGAUCCAGAACCACACAGUAGAGCUGUACGGGACAGGAGCCAACUACACCUGUAUCGCAGCUGCCGGCAGCAUAUACUGUGAUAUCCAAGAGGAAACAUGUGGGGACGUCUACACAGUAGUGGCGGCACCAGUGGGACAGAAUGGGAUCAAAGUCAGCUUCUGUCAACCCAGGACAUACUCGGUUCCUUGCCCAGGAAGUAAUGCUGUAUGGUGAUCUCUCGUGGAAAACAAAGUGUGGUUUAAUUGUGUCAACAUCAACACCCAACAUGGACAGAGGACUGUGUUUACACUAACAGCAACAGCGAAGAUCCAAUAUACCCAGAUGAAAAAUCACUCCAGUUUAGCAAUAUCUCUGUUUUGUUGUUACUGAAACUGUUUCCACUGAAUAAAAUAAUAUGAAAAACACAAGCCAAAACUCUAAAUUAUAAACAAUAAAAUAUAUAAAAGAGGGCUUUUAAAUAAAUAACUGUGGGCAUUUAUCCAAUGUAUUUGAAAGACAUUCUCCAUGUUGUUACUUUUUAUAGUAGGCUGCAUGUUAUUUUACUUUGUGCUCUGCAAUUCCUCAUGUUUAAUCAAUACAGUUGCCCUUUCAUAAGAAGCCUUGAUGUAACCUCAACAUGUAAUGAAAUAGAAGCUUUACAGUGAAACCCCCAAAUGAAUGUAUCAUGGCAAUAGUCAUUCAAAGACAUAUAUAAGACAAAUACAUUUAAAAUAAGAUCUUAGGACUUCUCCAAGUAUAAGACCUCCUUAGGACAGCUGUAUGACAUGUCUCUGGGUUGUGAAGCUGGUUGGUGACCCAGAAGAGGGUCUCAGUUCAAAGUGGGGCAGCAGGUAUCCAUCUCGUUAGCCUGGAGUCAUGCAUGGCGAAUCCUAUGGAAGAUACGUCUGAUCAGAUUGUUGGAUAUAGAUUAGAUUCAAUGUUACCUCUGCUUUCAUUGGAUUUGUUUUCUCUCCGUUGACAGACCACAACAAUAAAGCACAUUUUUGCAUUACAA